AUGGAAGCUGUGGGAGAGGCUCUUCUUUCUGCUGCCAUCGGCCUGUUGUUUGACCAGUUGGCCUCCACUGAUUUGCUCGACUUUGCACGCCAACAAUGGGUGUACUCUGAUCUCAAGAAAUAUGAGAUAGAAUUGUCGGAUAUUCGUGAAGAGCUUAAUGACGCGGAGGACAAGCAGAUCACGGAUCACUCUGUGAAAGAGUGGUUGGGCAAUCUGAAAGAUUUGGCUUAUGAUAUGGAGGACAUCUUGGACGAGUUCGCCUACGAAGCUUUGCAACGGGAGCUCACGGCCAAAGAAGCUGAUCAUCAAGGCAGGCCGAGCAAGGUACACAAGCUCAUCUCCACUUGUCUUGGCAUUUUCAAUCCUACUGAGGUUAUGCGUUAUAUUAAAAUGAGGUCCAAGGUGUGGGAAAUCACUCGCCGCUUACGAGAUAUUUUGGCUCAAAAAUCUGAGCUUCGUCUAGAAAAGGUGGCUGCGAUAACCAACUUUGCUUGGGGAAGGCCAGUCACUGCAUCUCUAGUCUAUGAACCUCAGGUCUAUGGCAGGGGGACAGAAAAAGAUAUUAUAAUCGGUAUGCUGCUUACGAAUGAACCCACUAAAACCAAUUUUUCUGUGGUUUCCAUUGUGGCCAUGGGUGGGAUGGGCAAGACCACACUGGCAAGACUGGUGUACAAUGACGAUGAGACCAUAACCAAGCAUUUUGAUAAAAAAGCCUGGGUUUGUGUCUCAGAUCAGUUCGAUGCAGUGAGAAUAACAAAGACGAUUCUCAACCCGGGAAGCAAAAUUCUAGUCACAACUCGCAAUAAUGAUGUUGCAAACAAGAUGAGAGGACACAAGAACUUACAUGAGCUCAAACAGUUACCUUAUGAUUAUUGUUUGAAGAUAUUUCAAACACAAGCUUUUGAACAUAUGAAUAUCGAUGAGCACCCAAAUUUGGAAUCAAUUGGCAGGAGAAUUGUAGACAAGUGUGGAGGUUCGCCCUUAGCAGCAAGAGCCCUUGGUGGCCUUUUGCACUCUGAACUACGUGGAUGUGAAUGGGAAAGAGAUUAUGAGUUUACAAAGCAAGGGUUAAUCUUCAUGUGGAUGGCGGAGGGGUUAAUUCAACAAUCAAAAGAUAAUAGGAAAAUUGAAGAUGUUGGUGAUAAGUAUUUUGAUGAGCUACUGUCAAGGUCAUUUUUUCGAUCGUCGAGUAGCAAUAGAUCACGAUUCGUGAUGCAUGACCUUGUCCAUGCUCUAGCUAAAUAUGUUGCUGGAGAUACAUGCUUGCAUUUGGAUGAUGAGUUCAAAAAUAAUUUGCAACAUCUCAUUCCUAAAAGUAGCAAUCGAUUAAAAGAAAUGCCUUCACAGAUUGUCAAAUUAAAAAAUUUGCAAAUAUUGUCUAAUUUCAUGGUGGACAAAAACAAUGGUUUGAAUAUCAAAAAGUUGAGAGAAAUGUCAAAUCUUGGAGGUGAACUCCGUAUUUCAAAUUUGGAAAAUGUGGUGAAUGUUCAAGAUGUAAAGGAUGCAGGGAAUGAAAUGGAUCAAAUGAAUGUCCUUGACUAUCUAAAACCUCCAUCGAAUUUGAAUGAACACAGAAUUUUUAGAUAUGGUGGUCCAAAAUUCCCAUAUUGGAUAAAGAAUGGCUCAUUCUUUAAAAUGGUGAAUCUACGUCUCUUAGAUGGCAAAAAGUGCACAUCUUUACCACGCUUGGGGCAGUUAUCAUCUCUCAAACAGUUGUUGAUUUCUGGAAAUGGAGUAACAAAUGUGGGUACAGAGUUUUAUGGAGAGACAUGUUUUUCUGUAGAAAAGUUUUUCCCAUCACUAGAGUCUCUAUCUUUUGAAAAUAUGUCAGGAUGGGAGUAUUGGGAGGAUUGGUCUUCCCCUACAAAGUCCUUAUUCCCUUGCCUUCGUGAGCUUACAAUUUUGUCUUGCCCUAAAUUGAUUAAGAAAUUACCCACUUACCUACCUUCUUUAACAAAGCUCUUUGUUGGAAACUGUCGAAAACUGGAGUUUACACUUCUAAGGCUACCAUCCCUCAAGAAAUUAACAGUCGAUGAAUGUAAUGAGACGGUCUUGAGAAGUGGAAUUGAACUCACCUCACUCACUGAGUUAACAGUUUCUGGGAUUUUAGAGCUUAUCAAAUUGCAACAAGGAUUUGUGCGGUCAUUGGGAGGGCUUCAGGCUUUGAAAUUCUCAGAAUGUGAAGAACUCACGUGUUUGUGGGAGGAUGGGUUUGAAUCGGAAAGCCUUCAUUGCCAUCAACUUGUACCAUCGGGAUGCAAUCUUCGUUCUUUGAAAAUAAGUAGCUGUGAUAAACUGGAGAGGCUUCCAAAUGGAUGGCAGAGUCUAACAUGCCUGGAAGAAUUGAAAAUCAAGUAUUGUCCAAAACUGGUGUCAUUUCUAGAGGUAGGUUUCCCACCAAAGCUGAGAAGUCUUAUUCUUCGAAAUUGUGAAGUCUCAAGUGUUACCUGA